ACGUUUAAAUGAUAAAAAUAGGCGUUAUACAAUUUCAAUAUUUGCCUCACAUUAACAGUUUUUUUAUUGCACUUUACUUAUGUGUGACAAUCAUAAACGGCUGCGUCGUCCUACGUCAUCAAAAAUAUACAUACAUUAUGCGGAAUAAAGAUACGAGUUUAUAUAUGUACAUAUUUAAAUAUCGGAAGACAAGUAAUUUACAUAUACGACUUUAAACUCACACGCGAUAAUCACAUUCGUUCAACGUGCUCAUGAUCGAGAUUUGAUAUAUCUUUCUAUAUUUCUCUUUCUCUCUUUUUUUUUAUUUCAAUGCUACGGGUUAUCCGCAAUUAUCUAUCUCUCUGGUGUCGUUAUCGAAUUCUUUGAGCCCGUCAGAAAUGAAUGGAAUGCCAUUGAUCAUCGAAAAUUGCAAGGUUGUCCGUGGUCACGUGAUCGCGAACGCGGCGGCGCUCCGCGCGACGUCAUCGACACGAAGUUACAUGUAGAUGUGACGAGAGUUGACGAAGACGAAGCUUGGCGAGAGUCGAGAGUGCGACUUUCAGUGUUCCAGGUUCCAGUGCUGGUGUUUGUUGUACGGAGAGAAAGAGCCGCUUUUGCGCAAAAAAACCGCUUGGAAUCGACAAAAUGGAGAUCGAAGUUCUGUCGGCAAAAUCUUCAAAAUUGAUUGCCAAUGUCAAUGUAAAUUCGAGCACUACAAUAGGAGAAAUUAAACAACAAUUGUAUAAAUUAAAAAAAGCACCUUACGUUCAGAGACAAAGUUUGAGAUUGGAAGCUAAAGGAAAAGCACUGUCUGAUUCGGAAACAAUUAAAUCUCUGUCACUAAGGCAAAAUGGAAAACUUUAUUACAAGGAUCUUGGUCCCCAGAUUGCCUGGAAGACUGUAUUCUUGUUGGAAUACGCAGGACCACUAGUAGUGUAUCUCUGGUUGUAUCAACGUCCAUGGUUGUUUUAUGGAAAUGUCAAUAGCAAUUAUCAUUAUGUAGCUAAUUGGGCAGCUGUCGGUUGGACAGUGCAUUAUGCAAAACGUCUGUUGGAAACUCUGUUUAUUCAUCGUUUCAGUCAUGCAACAAUGCCAUUGCGUAAUCUAUUUAAAAAUUGCUCCUAUUAUUGGCUGUUUGCUAUGUAUGUGGCAUAUCAUACAAAUCAUCCAUUAUAUACAGCUCCCAGCGCACUCCAAUUCUAUAUUGGAGCAGGGAUAUUUGCGCUGUGUGAACUGGGUAAUCUUAGCAUCCAUUUAGCUCUAAGGAAUUUGAGACCACCAGGUACUACAGUCAGGAAAGUUCCCAUGCCGACUGGUAAUCCUUUUACUGCGCUUUUCAAAUUCGUUUCCUGUCCUAACUAUACAUAUGAAGCAGGCAGUUGGAUUGGUUUUACUGUAAUGACGUCUUGUCUUCCAGCUGGUCUGUUUACGCUUGCCGGCGUAUAUCAAAUGACUGUAUGGGCAUUAGGAAAGCACAGAGUGUAUAAAAAGAGUUUUCAUUAUCCGAAAAAUCGUAAAGCUAUCAUUCCAUUUAUUCUCUAAAUCAAUGCAUUUAUAUCAAGUCGCGUAAGUUAACAAUUCUUCAUACUAUUUCAAUUUUGUUUUAUUUGAAAUUUUUAUUUUGGAAUAAAUAUUAAUAAACUUGUUUAGAAGUGAUGGUUACUUUAUCGUAAGAUGAAUACAAUAAUAUAUUAUAAUGAAAUUCGUACAUAUAGUAGUGAGUACAAAAUACAUUUGUACAUUUUGA